AGUACCAUUAAAUGUUGUAUAGAUCUACUCUUAAAUCUACUGCAGGAAGCGGCAUUUAACGCUUUACAGUUAAUGGUUAUUCCUUUAAAUAGUUAAAACAACCUGUUAGGAGAAAAUAUAUAUAGACAAGGGCUAUUUAUUAUGCUGUGGAUAUUUCCUUCAUUUAAAUAAUCGUUGACAUUUCCGAGAAGAGACGAUACUUUAGGACCUGCACCGUCCUACAGAGACAGAAGAAAAAAACAUUUACCGACAGUCUUCGGUGCAGUGAAUGUAGGAGAUAUCACUGACAGUUUACCUCCAGUCUGAGACGAAGGCCGGUCCAUAAUGAAAAGUGUCAAGGUUGUAGUGGUGGGAGCUGGUGUGAUCGGAUUCUCCACUGCUGUCUGCAUCGCUGAGGCUCUUCCUUUUUGCUCCGUUACUCUUCUGGCUGAGAAGUUCAGCCCGGACACAACCAGUGAUGGAGCUGCUGGGCUCCUGUUUGCUGCAAAGUUUCCAGAUAUUCCCUUGGAAAGACAAAGACGCUGGUUUAAGGACAGCUUUGAUCACCUGUUGGCCAUUGCUCAAUCACAACACUCACCGGAGGCUGGAGUAAUGCUGAGCUCUGGCUGGCAAAUCUUCAAAGAGGAGCCCGCAGAUAAGAAGCCCUUCUGGUCAGACUUUGUGAUCGGCUUUCGACCCAUGACCGACCGCGAGCUGAAUCAGUUCCCAGAUCGCAAGUUUGGUCAGGCCUUCACCACCAUAAAGUGUGAAUGCUCGAGCUACCUGCUGUGGCUCGAGAAGAGAUUUAGAAAAGCUGGAGGCCAAGUGCAACAAAGGAAACUCAACAGUCUUCAGGAAUUAAGCAACAGCUAUGACAUCAUCGUCAACUGCUCUGGUUUGGGCUCCAAACUGCUGGUGGGUGACACCCAGGUAUACCCAGUCAGAGGGCAAGUCCUCAAGGUGGAGGCACCGUGGCUGCAGCACUUCAUCAGAGAUGGAGACGGAAUGACCUACAUCUACCCCGGCAUACACAGCGUCACUGUAGGUGGCACAAGGCAGGAGGGGGACUGGCGACUACAGGUGGACGAAGGAGACACAAAGAGCAUCCUGGAGCGCUGCAGCAGGCUGGUGCCAUCACUCAGCAAAGCCAAGGUUCUCAGCGCGUGGGUCGGUCUGAGGCCGAGCAGGAGGAAUCCAAGGGUGGAGAGGGAGCUGGUGCAGCUGCAGGGCCACCGAGUGCCUGUGGUCCAUAACUAUGGCCACGGGGCUUGGGGAGUUACGCUCGCCUGGGGUACUGCUCUGGAUGCGCUGGGGCUGGUCAAACAGUGCCUGCAUGAAAUGCCUCUACAAGCUAAACUGUGAACAAAUU